AUGGACCGCCUCUGUGACGAGAUCCUCCAGCUUAUUCUGGUCGAAUUGGACGACCCAACGACCUUUACGCUCGUUUCGAAGCGGUUCUACCAGUUCUCGCAGGACCCAUACGUCCGAGCCACCUACUUCCUCACCCGCCAUGGCACCAUGCAGGCCUUCUUCUGGGCCUUUGGGAGGGGGAAGCUGAUGAGCAAGGAGGUCAUCGACGAUCCAAUUAUGGUCUCAUUCCCCCUAGCUCUGGCUAUCGAACCCCGUUUGCUCCCUUAUGCCGAGGCCAACGGCUUCCACAUGGAUAGCAAAUACCGAGACUUCGUUUUCCGUAAGAUGUUUGAGCGACCCAAUCUCAACAGUGAGAAUCGCACCGACGAGAUCGUUCGAAAUGUCCGGGAACUCUGCCGGCUUGAUUCCAAGAUGUUCCUAAGCCGAACGGUUGCAGCGGAGGUGUGCAUGGAGGCGAGAGCAAACGAAGGCGCGUAUACCGCGCUGAAGCAGCUGGACAAGUCCGGUGAUCUGCUUUUCGAGCUCAGUGAUGUUGUCCGUGAAUUGACCAAGAUGUUUGUCAACACGCGAUGCAUCACUUCCGUCUAUACCAUUAACGUCCUACGCCAACUGUGGGCCGACUAUCCCUCUGAUGACCCUACGGUCCGCCUAGUUAUGCUUCUUACUGUUUUUCUCUCGGACAAUUGCCUCGCACAUACCACGCCUGCUACAUUAAAGACCAAGCUCGACGCUUUAGGACUGACACCAUUAUCAAGGAAGGAUAUUUAUGAUGUACUUAUAAACCCAUUUGUGGAGCGGUAUACGCCAAUCAUGGAGUAUGCAAAGGUAGAAGUAGGGCUGGACUCGAGGGGAAUUAAGUCCCUGCUGGAGGAUGUGACGCUGAAGUGCUUGGAGAUUAAUUGCAAGGGGAAGAUGCUCAAGAAGCUGGUCAACGACCAUGAAUGGCUCAAGGAUACGAUUGCUACAGUUGUGCCGGAACGAUACCAGAUCCGCCUGGAAGACCUCCCUCCUGCAGGAGAUGAGAAAGCCUGCGCGGCGUACGAAGCGACCUUAUGUCGUGAUUUCGUUGUGACGCGCUAUCCUCUGGGCAGGUGGUCCAGCGGGGCUUCCCGGCAUAGGGCUGCUGCAUCACAGGCCGAAGUACCAAGUGGUGUCGUGCAAGCUACGAUAGCCCCGCUUGACGCGGACAUGGACGACGAAGAAAGUCAAGACGGGGAUGGUACUAGAGACCACAGCCGAGCUGACGAGGCGUCAGAUGCACCUGAUCUGGACCUUGGUCGUAUCGGUCAAGAUACAUUGACGACAAUGAUACAAUACGACGAACUUGCGCCGACAAGGACAGGUCGUCGACGUUAUCACCACUACGGCUCUUCCGAUAGCACCGGAAAGCUGAGUUAUCCUGCAGACGCCAUGCAAGUCGGCAGGUGGAUACGCACGUUCUUUGGGAAUCGCAGUCCGGUCACCGCGAUUUUCGUUCUGCACGCUGUGAUCAAUGACAAUGUAGUAGUUCUGCAGCCGGAUUAUGGGUAUGGCGAUCCCGAUCCCUUCAGCUCGCAGUAUCGUGUACCUAUCACCCUGAAGCAUUUCAAGAUAUUGCAACGGCUUGGCAGGGCUCCAAAUUGGUCUUUGUAUCAUGAGAUCCAGCAAGGAGCGGAGUUCUACUUCACUGAAGAGGAUCACAUCGCUCAAGACAAGAUGAAGUCUUCCGGAAAGAAAGUGAAAGUCAAGUCCGAGUCACCGAGCAGCUUCAUCGCAUCUACAUCCUCGUCUCCCAGCAAGGCACACAGUCCUCGGGGAAGGAAGAGACCACGCCGGAGUGCUGCUGCUUCAGUGAAGUCAUACGUGGUUCCUGACUCUGACGAUGAGGCCAUCGCCGAACAAGAUGCCACCAUUUCUAGAGCCCUCAAAGUGCAAGCCAAGAAGAAGAAGGUGGAGUCGAAUUUACAGCAGUGGAUCAAGCAUCUGUCUAUCAUUCUUGGGGAAGAGAAGAAGAAGUACAAGGAACAGAAGAAGAGACUUGAAAGAGCUGCUGCUCCUGGAACGAAGGUUCGCUUGCCGAAGAAUGAAUUCCACAAGUCACUGACGAACAAUCUACGCGAUCUGCGGAAGGUGGAUCUCGAGAAGCGUCGUCAUCUAUAUGGACCCGACGUUCCGGAUGAGGACUACAGUGAAGGAGAUGACGACGAAUAUCAAGAGAAAGGCCCACGAGGCAAGAAACGCAGGGUUAGCUACAGAGAGGAUGAGGAAUGAACGAGUCUUUCGCAUGUCAUUAUUAUUAUUAUCAUCUGCAUAUCAUUGUUACACAUAGGUCAUCAUCAUAGCACAGGUUACACGCACAUAGUCAACUCACGCUGCAAUGCACUCGUUUUAGAUACAUUCAUCGGUGUCUCCCCAUAGGACUUGAUAUAUGAUAUGAUAGCUGGCUUGCUAUCGAAGGCAUUCGCUC